CCAAUUACUCCCUCCAUUCAUCAAAGCGAGCCCAAACCAGUGGCCAAGGCAGCAGCAGCCAUGGCGACCACCCCGCCAGGCCUCGCCGUCACCGCCACCGAUCCCAUCCGCUCCUUCCUCUUCUCCGCCGCAGCCUCCGGGGACCUAGCCGCGGACCUCCGCGGCCUCGCUUCCUCUCUCUCCUCGGAGCCCGCCCUCCCGUACCGCUCCCUCCGCGCCAUCUGGUGCGCCUCCUCGCCCGCCGCGCGGCCGCCGCUCCGCGGCCUCCUACGGGGCACCCAGUUCGUGCUGCCCAGCCCCAAGCCUCGCGAGAAGAGCGAUGAGCUCAAGGCGAGGCUGGAGAAGCUCCGGGAGAUGCAGGAGAGGAGGGAGUACGCCGAGCUCGUCAGAGAUGUCGCGCCGGCCAGCAAGGAGGGCAGCCCUGAGCCCUUCUCCUCCUACAAGGAUCAGAUCGGAUUCGGGCUGCAUGUUGUGUUUGUAAUGUUCACGGGUUAUUUGGUUGGAUUUGCUGCGUUCAGAGCUCUGUUCAACAAUAGUACUGUUCUGAAUGCUGCUGGAGGUAUCAUAGGAUUGGUAGGUGGCAUGCUGGUGGAGACUGCGCUUUUCAUCAUUAGAUCAUCCAGUAAAGAAUUGACCUCUUCUGUUCCGAGAUCGAAGAAAGUUCAGUAGACACUUGAAGUGCCUUCACGAGUCACUAGCCUUCUGAACAUUAUGAAACAUUCGUCUUAGUUCAAAAUAUGUAAUGCAUAGAUAUAGAUGCAGUUGAUUGUCACUUUGUCAGGUGUUGAGGGACCGUGCCCGCAGGGCUUCUGGCUUCUGGCGAGACUCAGUGAUAUUCAAUUUGGAUUUGCGUUGAGAAGGAAUAGGGCAGAGGGAACCUCGGGAUUGGAUUUGGCUAUUUUUACCUCAGUCAAUCAUGCUUCUGCCCUGCAUGUACCACUAUUGUAAAGAUUAUAUCGGAUUGAUACUAUCUUACAGGAGUACCACUGUUGUAAUUUGCUUUCAUGUGGGUCUCACGUUUGUCAAAUAUUCAGUCUGUUUAACGAAUUAUAUAUAAGACAUGAAUAAUGUCCGGAUGA